GUGUCAUGCUCCGCUGUCGCUCUCGUUAACAGUCAACAUCUCUAUCGGUUGAUUCGUGACUGGGUCGCGUACAUUUUCGGUCUCGAGCUCCCACUAAUUUUGGAGGAGGUUGGCUCCGAUCUGCGUGCGAAACUUUUUAAUCCGUUAAAACAAAGAAACAACAACUCCCUCCCCCCUUCAAUCCGUGGUCGUGCGGUCGGGAUCUGGAACAAGAUGAAGGCGAGGUGGUCGUUGGAUCGACUUCUGCCUUUGGUUUUCGGAUUGGUCGCGAUCUCGAUCAUCUGUCAACCCCUGGUCCCGAUCGGGACGGCGGCGCAACCUGAGGAUGUCGAAGCUGUGUCGUCUCCUUCGCCUUUGGCAGAGGAGGCGGGAGGAAACUCGGAAACGUUUUUGUCGCGUAGUGAGACCGAUGAGCAACGUGUGCCACCUCAGCAGGAGAAUCGAGAAGUGGAUAAGCCUGUCGAUAAAAAAACACGGGAAAUCGUCAAUCAUGAUGAUCAAUUUGAUGGUCAGCGAUCUGUUCCACGUGGGCAAGAGGAGAAGGACUUAGCGCGGGAAUCCGGUGGUUUUGAAGAUAGCAGCGGCCUGGACGAGUUUCCCCCGGGGGCUGGUGGUGAUAAUGUUGAUGAUGAUGCGGCCUCGACCACCGAGGGUGGUGGUUAUGGUGACGAGAAGAGUGAUGACGAAGGUGACAGCGAUGGCGACGAAGGCGCGGAGAGUCCCGAUCCCCACGCUAAUCAUCAUCGCAAUUUCAGCGAAUCGGAUGUGGUACACUUAACUCCCGCCGAUUGGCAGGCCGCCCGUAUGCAGAACAAAUACAUCCUUUUGUUGUUUUACACCGACAAUGGGAGAGCUUCCACCGCAUUCCGACCUUACUUCGCCAAAGCUGCGACAGCACUGAAGGAGGAUGGAAAUGCUGCAGUGCUGGCAAAGAUGGACUUCCACGACGGAGGCGACAUUGCUGCGGAGUUUGGAGUUGAUCAAGAUCCGGCGCUUGUGUGGUUCGAUCAUGGAACGGCACGAGAGUACACAGGAUCCGUCACUUCAGAAGAUAUUGUGCAAUGGGUGAAGAAGAAGAGCGAGGCGAUGUUGACUACGAUUUCCACCAAAGAGGAAUUGACUGAGUUUCUUGGUAAAUAUCCCGCAGCGGUCGUGGGGUAUUUUACUGAAUUCAAGGGUGAUGCAUGGAAUGUUUUCUGCGAAUUUGCGAAAGAAGAUGACACCCUCACUUUUGGGCAAACAAACAAUGCUGAAGUAGCUGCGGCUGUGAACAUUAUAUCUGAGGCACCAGCAGUUGUCGUGAUCAAGCAUGAAGAUGAGAAGUGGGUGUUGUUUGAUGGGAAAUUCGAGUACGACGACCUCUACAAUUUCUUCCUUGGAAACAAGAUGCCCCUUGUCAGCACCUACUCUGCCGAAAUCGCCGAUAAGCUGUUCUUGAGUCCUAUUCAGCGGCAGGUUGUGCUCUUUGCUCCCAGAGAGAAAACAGGUGUUUACAUGCCAAUCUUUAAAGAAGCAUGCAAAUUCCUGAAGGGUGAUGUCCUUUGUGUAUAUGUGGACAAUGAUGAUGAAGAGGCGGCACAUGUGCUUGUCUACUUCGAGACUCCCAAGGAUGAAGUCAAGGUUUUUGGCUAUGUUGGAGGUGGUGCUGGAGCAAAGCAUUCCUUUGACGAGGACAUGACCGUCGAGAAACUCACGGCUUUCGCGAAAAAUAUCAGCGAUAUGCGGCCUCCAUCAUCACACUACACAUCUCAGCCAGUUCCAGAGGAUAAUAAUGGUGAUGUCACAGAGGUGGUUGGGCAGACAUUUGAAGAGAUUGUGCUGGAUGAGACGAAGGAUGUCUUUUUAAAGGCAUAUGCACCCUGGUGUCAACACUGUAAGGAUCUUGUGCCGACAUUCAACAAGCUCGGCGCCGCCUUCAGAGAUGUUCCAAGUGUAGUUAUUGCAAAAAUUGAUGCCACGGCGAAUGAGCAUCCUCGUCUUCAGACAUUGGGCUAUCCCACAUUGUUGUUUUUCAAGGCAGACCAGAAGUCAAAGACGCCGGUGGUGUUUCAGGGAGAGCGGUCGCUGGAGAACCUGAUUGCCUUUGUAAGGAGGGAGGCCUCCAUUCCGUUCACGCUGCCGACGGACUCGGACGCUGAGUGGGAGGAGCAUCGGGGCCUUGAAUCUGUCGCCGAAAGCGAUGAAGCGGAUGAGAGUACCACAGAAGCUGAGUCUCAUGAAUACACAUCAAGAUCUGUUGAGAUGCCGCCGUCAAAGGCGUCAUCAAGCAGCCGUGCCGACCCUAACGAGGGUAGCUGUGCUUCCCGUGACAACGAUGAUGGGGUCUGCCGAGCACCGUCGGAUGCGGAGCAACAGUCGUAGUGCCAGUCAAUCAAGUUUGAACUUUGAACAAUAAUUUUAUUUAUUGAGCUUUGCAGGGCUGCAGGAGUUGCAAAUGCAGCGGUGCUUCGACACUUGUGCCAAGUCGGUCGAACAACCGAAGCGAAAGGAAGCAAAGGCUCUACCAAAUAAUGCGAAAGGCUUGGAAUUGAUGCGUCAUUACGAAACUCCCGUGAGCACAUUGUUGUGGACUAGCAGCAGUUAUGGCAGGGGGGGGGGGGGGGGGGGGGGGGGGGGGGGGUUGCAGAACUGCAUUGGACCAAUGGUGGAACCAAUGAUGGGACCAAAAAUAGGACGAACGAUGGAACCAACAAUGGGACCAUCAACGGGACUAACAAUGGGACCAGCAAUGCGACCGACAACACGACCAUCAGGGCCAACAAUGGGACCAACCAACAACGGGACCAACAGCGGGACCAACAAUGGGACCAACAACAGGACCAGCAACGGCACCAACAAGGGUACCAACAAUGGGACCAACAAUGGGACCAACAAUGGGACCAACAAUGUCACCAGCAACGGGACAAAGUGAUCAGCAAUGGGACUAACAAUGGGACCAACAACGGGACCAGCAACGGCACCAACAAGGGGACCAACAAUGGGACCAACAAUGUCACCAGCAACGGGACAAUGUGAUCAGCAACGGGACUAACAAUGGGACCAACAAUGGGACCAACAACGGGACGAACGAUUGGACCAACAGCCAGGUUGACAACAGGACCAAUGAUGGGACCAACAACGGGACCAAUGAUGGGACCAACGAUGGGACCAAUGAUGGGGCCAACGAGUGACUGAGGAUGGACAGCGGUGAGAAGGCGCCUUGAGGAACUGGAGUAGGAACACUGCUAAUGUGCCUGCAGUGUCAUGAACAGGAAGUGUUUUUGCAGUGCCUGAACACGCGGUCUUCUAUUAGGCAGAGGGAGGACCAACAGUGGGACCAACAAUGGAUGCCAGUGUUUCUGUAGGCACACAAGAAGGGGCCCGGAAGAACAGGACAAGGAACACCGAGGAUUCCGGCAGUUUGAGAAAACCGAGGGAACAUUUGCAUUUGCCUACAUUGCGGUAUUUGUUUGAUCAGGAUUGCCUGAACACUCAGUCUCCAUGUCCACAUGUCCCACACACGCAUCACAAGCACACAAGCACACAUCACACAUCACACAUCACACAUCACACAUGCAUGACACAUGUCACACGCGUCUCACAUGUCACAUGCCAAAAUUUCGCAUCCAUGGCACAUGCAUGUCAUGCUCAUGUUACACACAUGUCACACACAUGUCAUGCACAUGCCGCACAUGUCACACAAAUCAUGCAUCGGUACGUUGCAAAAAUCACACAUCCUACAUUUCACACGUGUGACAUGUGCGAUGCUCAUAACGUAGGUCACACAUGUCACACGUGUCUGACACGUUUCACAAAUCAUGCAUCGGAAGUCGUUACAUGUCACACGCGUGACACAUGUGUCACACAUAUGCGAUGCUCAUAACAUAAGUACCAUGUGUUCAGACUUCACAUACACGUCACACAUGUCUCACAUUUCACAUGGCAUUUGUCUAUUGUGCUUGCAUUGGUUAUGUGGAGAAGUAAUAUCAUACUGGGGAGGGAAAAAAAAAAAAAAACUAAUAUCAAACUGGGGAGGGAAAAAAAAAAAUCAUCAUGGGCUAUCUUGUGUAUGAAAGCGCUGAUGUCUGUUCCUAACAACUGUAACCUAGUUCUUUUCUUUUCUUUUCUUUUUUCUUUUUUUUUUCCUUUUCUUUCCUAGUUUAUUUGUUUUUUGGGGAAGUUAAUAAUUAUGCCCGUUCGUGGCGGACUUGAAAUGGGAUUGUUGCAGUUUGCUGUGGAUGUGCGGAUCGCUCUCGUGCUAUGGACUCUGGAGUCCAAACACAGUAAGGGCAUAUUGAAACUAG